AUGCGAAAGCACAAGGAUUGCGACAACGAGCUGAAGGAGAUGGAGACGAAGCUGCGUACAUUGGAAGAGGAAACCGGAGGAAACGGAGUGACCGAUAAACUGCUUCAGCUCCUCAAAUUCACUGUGACAUUUGGGGCCACGAUGCUUCGGGAACGAUUGGAGAAGAUCGACGGAAUGGAAUCCCUUUGGAACGCGACCGAAAAAGACGGAAAACAGGCGGAAUUGAACGUAACUUUCUUAUCACUUUUAUCAGCCUUAAUCAGCGUUAAUCAAUCGAACUCAGAAACAACUGCGGACCAUAAGUCGGCAUGGGCAUUUACGAGUCUCUUAAGUUUCUCGAACGCGUUGUGUACGUAGUUGAAUAUGCUCGGCAAUCCGCUUUCCAUUGGAACUCGACCCGUGCUUAUAAAAAAAAAAAAAAAACUUCAAAAUUGCCGCCGUCUGAUCCAAACCGAUCACCGCUUUUUUCAAUCCAUCAUUUUCGUGAUAAAUCACACUGUUUCCCAUCUGGAUUGAGUCACUUUCCCGCUCGAAUUCCUCUCUUUCUCUUUCUUUCCGUCGCUCCGACAUUUCUGCUGUGCUACUGAUGAAAUCGGCUUGUCUUUUUGAUUUCAGAUUGAUUUUCGGUUUCGAGCGGGCGAGAACGGACGAGACCAGUCUCUUGUCACUUUCACAGAUGUUCUCUUUUUUUCCAGAUUAUAGGACCAGUUUGCGUCUGUUCGGAGGUUGACUUUUUCACUCUCUCACCUCCAAAAACGAACUCUUUUCUGCCACCUCUAAUGCAUUUCUUCAUUUAUCAAUUCAUCAGGGCGAAAACAAACGAGUGCGUCCGGAUGAUUCAUUCCGGACACUCUGUGCUUCCCGACCGAAUUGUACACACAUUUACAUGUUUUACGCAUUCUUUUGCCGCCAAGAGCGAAACAGAAAGAGAGAGAGAGAGAGAGAGAACGAAGAGUCUAUUCAAAUAAUACCCGUCCGUUUCGGUUUUCCCAUUCGCUUUUCAGUUCGAAAGUGCCCUGUGGCUCGACGGCCGAUUCACGUAUUAUUGCAGGCGGCAAAAGCCGAUGGUUUGUGGCGGAAAAGCAGCGGAAAGACGAGAUGAUCACGGCUAAAAACCUCAAAACGUGAGUCAGAUAGAUUACGGUAUAUCGCUUCGACCUUAUGAGUCAGCAUCCCAUAGGAUCCCACUUCCAGCCCGUUCUUCUCCUCGACUCGCCAGUCAUCCGACACCGUGCCCGCCUACAAAUCCUUCCUCCAUCACACCCGAUUCCUCCUCCUUCUUCUCGUCGUUCUCCUCAAUGCUGUCGUCUACAGCAACUCCAUUCUCAUCAAUUUCGCCGUAAUUUGCAUGUCCGAGGAGAAGAUCCAGCUGGCAGUGAGCAAGUCGGCCAAUGAUUGUGAGUUGUGUGCGCGGGGACUUGGGCAAGAUAAUUUAAUGUUUCAGAUGAGGUACUUCGGGAAAGGGUCUUCGCCAACAUGCACGAUUUCCGAUCCUACUGGUUCACGUACACUUCUGUGGAGCGGAGCAUCAUCUUCUCGAUGGCUCCUGCUGGAUCGUUGGUUACAAUUGUGCCCAUUUGGUUGCUGAUCACGGUAAUUCGCUUGUGCAUUCCUGUCUCAAGCACGAAUAGUUUCAGAAGUAUGGCUACCGUCGCGUGUGCUCCGGCUGCUCUCUCCUCUCCACUUUCAUCGCCGCCUUCCUUCCGUGGACCAUCUACCUGGGCCUUCCGUUCGUUCUCGUCGCCCAGCUUCUGCUCGGUGCCAGCGCUCCGGCUGCCCUUUUGCUUGUGCCAAGUGUGAUUCGAAAGUGGUCGACCCGCAAGAAUGACCACUUCUGUUUCCUCAUUCUCUCCAUAUUUCAACAGGUUUUUUGCGCUUCCGUUUUCGGGAUGAAAAGGGUCAAGGGGAAGGGCAAACAGAAGGGUUUCCGGUGGGAAUUACUCAUGACCGUUUCGGGAAGUUAUGAGGGUACGAACAAUUGUUGGAUUCCUUCCAGAUCUCUCCGUCGGUUAUCUAUCCGAUCGCCGCGUACAUCUGCAAAACGGGUCUCGGAUGGCCAGUCAUCUUCUACUUUCAGUCCAUCAUCAGUUUCAUCGUCACCGCCGUGUUCUUUUACUUCUACAAGUGAGCUCGAUUCUUUUGCCGAGAAAUUCCAAUGGUUUUCAGAGAAACGCCAGUCCGUCACGCAAAUGUAUCCGACAAUGAACUUGAGAGAAUUCAGAGGAACGAGGCCGUCCGGGGACAAAUUGACUAUAAGGUGAGUUCGUGAGUUUCCAGUUGCUCAGUUCAUCCGAUGGUUUUCAGAAGAUGCUCCAAUGCCGUCAAUUCCAAUCUGUGUCCCUCUCCAUCUUUGUCUACUUUCUGAUCGUUUCGUAUUUUGUGCAAUAUCUUCCCACAUUCCUCUUUGAAAUUCUCGAGAAAUCGUUGGAGACCACGGCGUGGACGGUCUCCGAAGCAAUGGUAAGAGCAGUCCGAACUCAAAUUGAUCCGUCCUAUUUCUCAGAUGCUCCAUCUUAUUCUCAAGAUUCUCAUCUCUCGAAUCUUCGAGAAAAAUCCGUUGCUCACCAACAUCUACACAAUCAAAUUUCUCCAAUUCGCCAGUUUCACCGGUCCUGCCAUCAUCCUUAUCACUCUCUUUUCCACAAAGUAAGCGUCUCUCUGGCCAACAACAGUUCACAAGUGCAACGCAUUUUCAGCUUCCCAUUCGACAUUGCUCUGAUCUUCUACUUUGCCAUUUUUGCACUUCUCUCUCUCACCUGGCCAUCCGUCUUCAAGAGCUCAAACAUAAUCAGCAAGUUAGUCGGUUCCAUUAGAUGAUCUAUAGGAAUCCGUGGCUUUUUCAGCAAGUACUACCUUCCUGUAAUGGUUCGAGUGCACAUUGUCCUUUUCUAUUCCGCCUCUCUCCUGUCCAACUGCCUUCCGAUGAUUUUUGCGAGAACAGAGAGCUGGGAUCAUUGGAGGUAUUUAACUGACAAUUUCAGAAGAUUCCGAGAGCACGUUCACUUCCAGGCACAUCUGGCUCGUCCUCUCCGUUCUUCUCCUCGUCUCCGUCGUCUUCUUCUGGCUGACUUUCCGAUUCGACAAGUCCGAUUGGGACGUCGUGAUUCCGGUGGAGCCGCCGCAGCCUCCGCGUCCGGAAGACAUUGCCCCGGUUUCGCAUCCGAGACCCUGCACGUUCUCCACCUCUUUCGACGACGAGGUAACCGUUCUGAAAGGAACAGGCUAUAAAUUUGCCAGUUUCAGAUCGUGGUCUCCAUAGUUUCCCGUGGUCUCGACAGAUGUGACACUUGCAAGAAGCACGGGAUUGAUUCGAAGAUUCAUCCGAUUUCCGACGAUGACGUCAUUCCAACCAGGAAGAUGUUCGAUGACAUUGUGCAGGAGAGGCAGAAUCAGAGCCAGGAGCAGAGUCUCACCAUUACCCGAUUCUAA